AUGUGGCUGUUUCGGGAUCCUAUGCGUAUGUGGUCUUCUAUAAUACCGACAGACUCGGUCGUGGACAUCUCUGAUCCCACCAGCCCGACGAUGGCGACAGACCUUCUGGACAGCACCAACCUGGAUGGACCAGCAGCUGUCAAAGUUGUGGGCAACUACGCCUACGUCGCCGGCUACAUGUCCGAUUCUCUCGCCAUUGUGGAUGUUAGCAACCCGACCUCCAUCACAAAGGUCGGCAGGCUCAAGAGGCUCAACACAAGUCCCUCCGGUGACAGAGUGGUUAAUAAAGCUGCGGAUGAGGACGAUGUCGAGGUAGAUGAGGUCGACAUCGAAGACAUUGACGGCAACAUCCGGACCGCGAGCUCCGUGCAUGUCAACAACCGUGCCCACAACUUUAUCAACCACUUUGUCGACUACCGUUUCAACAUCUGUGUCAACAUUGACAUCAACAACUUCCGCGCCCGUGACAUCGACUUCUACACGACCGGGCUCUGCACUGAGACAGUUAGCAGCGAGUCUGCGUGGGAGGGCGCCAAUGUCUCAAGUGAAACUCCCGGCUCAUUUGGGGGAAAUGCAACAGCUACACUAUACAACAUCCUUCGACGUCCCACUCUUCCUGGGCGCUGUCGCCGUGGUGCUGGCUUUCGUUCUCCUUGGGUAUUUAACAUUGCAGGUAAAGCCGUAGUAGAUGUACUCGUAGUACUGUGGCCAGGACGGCAGGUUUAG